AUGGAAAACAUAUGGGAAAACAUCAGCACGGCGCUAGAACUAUCGCAGGAGACAUCGGACAGGUGGUUAACCAAACUUCGCACGCAGUACGCGCAGAGCCAUCGUCACUAUCACACGGAGUCCGAGUUGGUCCGUCGAAAGGUGCCACAUUUAACAGGUGCCAGCAUAUGCCUUCAGCUGGCUGCACUAUUUCAAUAUUAUCACUUCGAGGCGGACAAGGAUUGUGUUGCACGAAAUUGUGAGGCAGUGAACGAAUUCUUUACCGAUGCACAGCUUGAAAAUAAAACUUUAGAAGCAAACGUGAAACGAUUGUUGGGCGACUUGCAGAUGGAAACAGGCAAUCUGUCGGAAAGAGAUGUUCAAUACUUCCAAGAUCUGGAUUUGCUAGUGCUGGGCACGUCGUCGGAAGAUUACAAGCAGUACAUUGAGCAGCUUCGCAAUGAAUGUCCUGCUGCGGAUGUUAACACCUACGAUAAAAUGCGCCUAAAGCUAUUGCAAACGAUGGGCCGCAUACCGAGCAUCUACAUGACGAAGGAAUUUAGCGAUCGUUUCGAAAGUAUCGCACGCGCUAAUAUUGAGCAGGAAAUCAAGGAUUUGCAAUGCAAGUGA